GUGACGCUGCUGCCGGGAAGAUGGCGACGAUGGAGGUAAUCCCGUCCUCCGCUUCGGCUUCCUCCACGGCCACCGCAGCGGCUCUCGGGGACGUGGAGGAUGAAGGGCUCCUGGCGUCGCUGUUCCGGGAUCGCUUCCCCGAGGCCCAGUGGCGGGAACGGCCCGACGUGGGACUACAAGACCUUCAUCCGCGGCGCCGAGUGCACCGAGCGCAUCCACCGCCUGUUUGGCGACGUGGAGACGUCGGUCGGCCGCCUGCUCGACCGCCUGCCCAGCUUCCAGCAGAGCUGCAGGAACUUUGUGAAAGAGGCUGAGGAGAUCAGCUCCAACCGCCGGAUGAACACCCUGACUCUGAACCGGCACACGGAAAUCCUGGAAAUCUUAGAGAUUCCUCAGCUCAUGGAUACCUGUGUCCGAAACAGCUAUUACGAAGAGGCCCUGGAGCUUGCAGCCUACGUUCGCCGACUGGAAAAGAAAUACUCCUCCAUCCCUGUCAUCCAGGGCAUUGUGAACGAAGUGCGCCAGUCCAUGCAGCUGAUGCUGAGCCAGCUGAUCCAGCAACUGAGGACCAACAUCCAGCUCCCUGCCUGCCUCCGUGUCAUUGGCUUCCUGAGGCGCAUGGACAUCUUCACUGAGGCUGAGUUGAGGGUGAAGUUUCUUCAGGCCCGAGAUGCUUGGCUCCGCUCCAUCCUGACUGCCAUCCCCAACGAUGACCCCUAUUUCCACAUCACAAAAACCAUCGAGGCCUGCCGGGUCCAUCUGUUUGAUAUCAUCACUCAGUACCGUGCAAUCUUCUCAGACGAGGACCCACUGCUGUCCCCGGCCAUGGGGGAGCACACCGUGAAUGAGAGUGCUAUCUUCCAUGGCUGGGUCCUGCAGAAAGUCUCCCAGUUCCUGCAGGUGCUGGAAACCGACCUUCACCGAGGGAUAGGCGGCCGCCUGGACUCUCUGCUGGGCCAGUGCAUGUACUUUGGGCUGUCCUUCAGCCGGGUGGGCGCUGAUUUCCGGGGCCAGUUGGCUCCCGUUUUCCAGCAGGUAGCUAUCAGCACUUUCCAGAAAGCAAUUCAGGAGGCGGUGGAGAAGUUCCAAGAUGAAAUGAACUCCUACACCCUCAUCUUGGCUCCAGCCAUUUUGGGCAGCAGUAACCUACCUGCUGCUGUGCCAGUGACUCAGCCAGGGACCCUGCAGCCGCCCAUGGUGCUCUUGGACUUCCCACCCCUGGCCUGCUUCCUCAACAACAUUCUGGUCGCCUUCAAUGAUCUGCGCCUUUGCUGCCCCAUAGCCCUGGCGCAGGAUGUGACUGGGGUCCUGGAGGACGCCCUUGCUAAGGUAACCAGAGUCAUCCUGGGCUUCCAUCGUGCUGAAGAGGCUGCCUUCACCAAUGGGGAGCGAGAGCUUUUCAUCCAGUUCUGCACUGUCUUCCUGGAGGACCUCGUUCCUUAUUUAAAUCGCUGUCUCCAAGUCCUUUUUCCACCAGCUCAGAUAGCACAGACAUUAGGCAUUCCACCCACUCAGCUCUCCAAGUACGGAAACCUUGGGCAUGUCAACAUCAGUAUCGUCCAGGAGCCUCUCGCCUUUAUCCUGCCGAAGAAAGAGAUGGUCUUCUGUCUAGAGGAGAGGGAGCCAGGGCCGGAGCUCACAGCUCCAGCUGCAGCCCCAGAACUCCCAGCCGAGGAGUCAAGCCUCGAGCCCAUCACUCCGGCCUUCCCUGCGGAGGGGCAAGAGCAGGUUGAAUCAGGCGAGCCACUGCCGGACGUGCCCAGUGAGAGCGCUUAACGGGUUCCCUGCUCCCAGAACCAGGCCCAGCACCCGGCCGGACAGCCCCAGCGGGGAGGCACGCGCCAGAGAAAAUGAGAGGGGGAACCUCUUGGUCACUCCUCUUAUACAAUAAAAAAUGAAAUAAAAUAAAGCUGAUUAUCGCCA